AUGGUCCUACAUUCCACAUUGAUCAUAAAAAUUUUGUUGCUGUUUUAUUUACACAAUAAAAUAAGAACUCUCAAUUGCCUAAAAUGCGCAGAUAACCAUAAUUGUAAAAACAGCUGCUACACAUUAGAAAACGAUAAAAAAAUAUGCUUGUGUAAUGCUAAUGAAAAGGGGAUACACUGUAAGGACAAAUGGAACAUGUGUGAUAGGGAUUGUAAUAUUCGCGGGACGAACGAACCAUGUUCCGUUUCCUUAUGCAGAAGAGGUACAUGUCUACCCAUAGAUAAGAAGCCAUAUUACUUGUGCGACUGUGGAGAUUUUUAUAUGGGUAAGAAUUGCGAAAUUGAAAAUAACCCAUGCUCAUCUGAAGAAACAAAUCCAUGUCUUAACGGAAAAUGCCUUUUUAUAGUUAAACUCAACAGAGUCAUUUGUAAGUGUAAUAAUGGCUGGACACAAAAAGAUAAACAAAGUUCGACUAUGUUGACCUGGGGGAAGGAAAUGGUUGAGGUCCCUCCUCCAUGCAAUGAACAGUUAACUAGAGGAUUAUCCAAGUAUGUUAUUUAUCACACGCCGGCGACAUAUGCCAUAUGGUGGCUCAUCUAUGUGAUCAGCAUUCUGGUUUUAUUCCUCUGCUGCUGCAACGUGUGCUUUGACUUCUUUUCGAAUUCCCUGUUAAGUUAUUUUACAUUAUUUAAUCGCAAGAAGGAGAAUUGA